GGACUGGUGUCGCUCCCGCACUGUUUUUUUCAGAACUAGUUCAGCCUGAGUCUACAUCCGGGUUGAAGGAUUUGCUUCCGGAGAGCGGGAAGGCUGAAACACGGUGGCUGAAGUGAGGCCCGGUUGGCAACGUUCUGGGUGGAGAAGCCGGUAGAGAUGGACAGGGGUGGCUUUGGGGAGAUGGCAUCCCCCGUGAUCCGCGACCUGGAGGUGACCCGCACUGCCAAGAAGCACAGUGCCCAGAAGAGAGUUUUGAUUCGAACAUCCCAAGAUGAAAAUUUUGUUAACACUACACCAAGAAACCAGAUUAUCCCUCGAACUCCCAGCUCAUUUCGACAGCCUUUUACGCCCUUGAACCGCAGCUCGCUGAGACAGCCUGAUCUGUCCUGCAUCCUUGGAACAGGAGGCAGGUCUCCGCAACUGACACAGUCUUCCGGGUUCUUGGGAAAUCUGUUCAUGAUAACCAACCUGGAUGACAGUAACUGGGCUGCCUUCUCGGCCCAGCGCUUAGGGCUCUUCACGAACGUGGACGCCCACAACGUGACAGAGGACGUGAAUCUCAGCACAGUCAUGCUGCGGGAGGAUGAUCCUGGAGAAGCUGCUUCCAUGAGUAUGUAUUCUGAUUUCCUGCAGUCUUUUUUGAAGCACUCUUCAACUACAGUUUUUGACCUUGUAGAAGAGUAUGAGAACAUUUGUAUCAGUCAGGUGAACAUUCUGAGUAAAAUAGUGAGCCGAGCCACACCUGGACUUCAGAAGUUUUCAAAAACAGCCAGUAUGCUCUGGCUUCUGCAGCAGGAGCUGGUCACAUGGAGAUUGCUGGCUUCGCUGUACAGAGAUAGAAUACAGUCUUCAAUAGAAGAUGAAAAUAUGUUCGCAGCUACUGCUGUUAAUGCCAGUGAGAAAACAGUUGUGGAAGCCUUAUUUCAGAGGGAUUCACUUGUCCGGCAAAGCCAGCUGGUGGUAGAUUGGUUGGAGAGUAUUGCCAAGGAUGAGAUUGGAGAUUUUUCUGAUAAUAUUGAAUUUUAUGCAAGAUCAGUAUACUGGGAGAAUACUCUGCGUACCUUAAAGCAGCGGCAGCUGGCCUCUUACACAGGGAGUUCCCGUCCUCUUGUCACUGAGUUGGACCCUGAUGCUCCUAUAAGACAGAAAAUGCCCCUUGAUGAUCUGGAUAGAGAAGAUGAAGUUCGAUUACUCAAAUAUCUUUUCACUCUAAUCCGUGCUGGAAUGACAGAUGAGGCACAACGGCUUUGUAAACGUUGUGGGCAAGCCUGGAGAGCUGCCACACUGGAAGGCUGGAAGCUGUAUCAUGACCCUAAUGUUAAUGGAGGAAUGGAAUUAGAAGCUGUUGAAGGGAAUCCAUACAGACGCAUUUGGAAAAUCAGUUGUUGGAGAAUGGCAGAAGAUGAACUUUUUAAUAAAUAUGAAAGAGCAAUUUAUGCAGCCUUAAGUGGAAAUCUAAAACAGCUUCUGCCUGUCUGUGACACCUGGGAGGACACCGUGUGGGCCUACUUCCGGGUGAUGGUGGACAGCCUGGUGGAGCAGGAGAUCCGCACGUCUGUCAUCCUACUGGAGGACACAGAGGAACUCCCCAGAGAGCACUUAGAAACCAAUUGGACCUUAGAAAAAAUUUUUGAGGAACUUCAAGCUACUGAUAAGAAGAGAGUUCUGGAAGAAAAUCAAGAACAUUAUCACAUAGUUCAGAAAUUUCUCAUCCUGGGAGACCUUGAUGGUUUGAUGGAUGAGUUUAGCAAAUGGCUUUCCAAAAGCAAAAACAAUCUGCCUGGACAUCUCCUCCGCUUCAUGACUCAUCUCAUUUUGUUUUUCCGCACUCUGGGACUACAGACCAAAGAAGAAGUUUCCAUUGAAGUUUUAAAGACAUACAUACAGCUCUUAAUAAAUGAAAAACAUACAACUCUUAUUGCGUUUUAUACCUGUCACUUGCCUCAAGAUCUAGCUGUUGCUCAGUAUGCAUUAUUUCUCGAAGGUGUUACAGAAUUUGAACAGCGACGCCAGUGCCUGGAGCUGGCUAAAGAAGCAGAUUUGGAUGUUGCAGCAAUAACAAAAGCUGUAGUAGAGAAUAUUCGAAAGAAAGAUGACGGUGAAUUCAGUCAUCACGACCUGGCGCCUGCGCUGGACACUGGCACCACUGAGAAGGAUCGCUUAAAAAUUGAUGUGAUUGACUGGUUGGUGUUUGACCCAGCCCAGAGAGCAGAAGCUCUGAAACAAGGCAAUGCAAUAAUGAGGAAAUUUUUGGCAUCGAAAAAGCAUGAAGCUGCCAAAGAAGUAUUUAUGAAAAUUCCUCAGGAUUCUAUAGCAGAAAUAUAUAAUCAAUGGGAAGAACAAGGAAUGGACAGCCCACUUCCUGCUGAAGAUGAUAAUGCCAUCAGGGAACACUUGUGUAUUAGAGCAUAUUUGGAAGCCCAUGAAACCUUUAAUGAAUGGUUUAAGCAUAAGAAUUCAGCUCCACAAAAACCUACAUUGAUACCACAAUCAACUUUUACUGAGAAAGUGGCUCAUGAACACAAAGAAAAGAAAUAUGAAAUGGAUUAUAACAUUUGGAAAGGGCAUUUGGAUGCUCUGACAGCAGAUGUGAAGGAGAAGAUGUACAACGUCCUGCUGUUUGUGGAUGGGGGCUGGAUGGUGGAUGUCAGAGAGGAUGCCGAGGAAGACCAUGAAAGAACACAUCAGAUGGCUUUGCUGAGAAAGCUCUGUUUGCCCAUGCUGUGCUUUCUACUGCAUACCAUCCUGCAUAGCACUGGCCAACACCAGGAGUGCCUGCAGUUGGCAGACAUGGUGUCGUCUGAGCGCCACAAACUGUAUCUGGUGUUUUCUAAGGAAGAACUGAAGAAAUUGCUGCAGAAGUUGAGGGAAUCCUCUCUGAUGCUCCUCGACCAAGGAUUUGAUCCCCUGGGUUAUGAAAUUCAGCCCUAAGUAUUACAUUCGAUAUGUUCCCACUGGUUUCCAGGAGAAUGGAGCUCCUACACGUGUAUGUAUAAAAGAUACAAACUUGUAGUUACUGGGUUUUCUUUUGCAUCACUCUGGGAGAAGGUGUAAAAUUUACACACUUGAAUUUUGUACUUUUCAGAAUAUGAUGGUAACACAGAAAAUGUAAUGUA